AUGGCACCUGUCGGUGUUCUUGAGGCCCUGGGCCACGCCCUCGCUGGUGCGACCGGCACAGCCUUGUCGACGGCUGCAGUCUAUCCCCUCGACCUCGUUACCACACGCCUCAAGGUCCAGCGCCAUUUACGGAGGGAAAAUGCCAUUUCUGAGAAGGACCAGUAUCGCGGCGUCUUCCAUGCGCUCAAGGUCAUUUCCUCGCAGGAAGGCGGCAUAUCGAGCCUUUACACGGGCAUCGCUCAGGACGUGUUCAAGUCCAUCGCGGAUUCGUUUCUCUUCUUCCUCUUUUACCAGUACUUUCGGGAUGCUCGUCGUCGUUCACGCGGCAGGAGGUUACCUGUCAUGGACGAGCUGGCUAUCGGCGCAUUGGCCGGCGCCUGCGCGCGAGGUUGCACGACGCCUAUCGCCAACGUCGUGGCGAGGAAGCAAACAUCAGCCAUGUUCGAAGCCAAUACGGAUGACGAGAACGCGUCUGUUUGGAAGAUUCUUUCUUCUAUUGGCGCCGAAAACGGCAUAGCUGGGCUAUGGGCCGGGUAUUCCGCCUCCUUGCUGCUAACCAUCAAUCCGAGCAUUACAUUUUUUCUGAACGAACAGCUAGGGAAGACCCUUCUCCCGGAUUCAGACGAGACCUCGCACAGCACACAAACCACUUUUCUUCUGGCUGCCGCCAGCAAAUCUAUCGCAACCAUCAUCAGCUAUCCCCUGCAAACUGCCAAGGCUAGGCUUCAGAUGCGCGGGUCCGGCAACGCUUCGCCGCAUAGGAGCACCAGUAAUUCGGACACACCCUCCAUUUCGGAAUCCAGGAAGGGACCACAAAGUCCAAUUUCCGUUAACGAGAUGAGCGGCGCUCUGAGUGGACUCAAGAAGCUGGUCGACGAUAGCGUCAUCGCCAUCGUACUAUCCAUUGCGAGGACUGAGGGAAUAUUGGCGUUAUAUGCUGGUAUCCAGGGUGAAGUGCUCAAGAGCUUCUUUAGCCACGGGCUGACCAUGGUGUCAAAAGGCAUUAUCCACAAAUUUGUCAUUCGUCUGGGCAUAUUGCUGUUGUCCUUGUCACAGGGGCAGUCGCGCAGGGUUAAGUUGCAACGUCUCCGUCAGGCAUUUCUUAGACUUCGAUGA